AACGUAUAACGUUAUUCAUUCAAAAACGCCAUUGAAGUAUACGUAUUCCUUCGCAUGUGAGUUUAUUUAAUCGAAAUUUUAAUUAUUUCCACUCAUAUUGUCUUAAAAUUUUAAAAAAUGUCGUCAGUUAUUUAAUUUCAACGCAUUUCGCGUGUGUUUUCAAGAACGGUACACUUGGUGAAAAAAAUUCGCGCUUUUAAAAUUUCUUCAUUUGUACUUCGAUUCCUGAAAUAACAGCCAAAAGCCUAUUUACGGUAUGAAAUAUUUCUUGGCUUUUUAAGCUUUGAUUCACAAUGGAAUGUGCCGAAUCUGUAUUCAUCGAAGAAGGCGCAUGUGAAACCGUUGUCGCCGAUGAUGUAGUGGUUGAUGAGAUUAUACAAGCUGAAGAAGUGAUCCAAGGUGAAGAGGUAAUUCAAACCGAUGAGGUGAUUCAAGCUGAUGACUGUGGUCAAGAUGAAUCUCUGCAAGCUCAGGAAAACAAUGAGAACGCUCAGUGGUACCUAUAUUUACUGCAAGCUGACCAAGCACUGGAUCAAUUACGUGGUACCAAAGUUGAGAUCGAACUACCCGAAGAAAAAGUUGAACAAAUCGACGCAGGUUACGAGUGUGAGAUCGAGGAUAUGGGUCAGCUACAAGAAGAAGACGUUAAUGUAGAGACCGAAGAACAUUACGACUAUAAUAUCGAUGCCAUUCGUCAAAUACAAGAGGCUAAAGUUGAAAUUCAACAAGACGGAUUUAAUUACACGAUCGACGAAGAGAAUGGAUUCAAACAUGAGCCUCCAGAGAACAUAGAGUUAGAUAAUAUUGAUCCCAAUCUGUAUGCUGAGUUCGCUUCCGAGGUGGUAAUUGGAGAAGAAGUAGUGAUAGGCGACGAAGUUGUGAUCGAGACCGAAGGCGAUAUUACCUUCAAUUACCGCCAAGGAGAAAAUUCAGAUAUUCCGUUAAAUUGUCGACACUGCAACAAAACGUUCCACAAACGUAGUAAACUAGAGCAACACGAACGUAUGCAUACCGGUGAACGACGAUUCAAGUGUCCUCAUUGUGAAAAAGGAUUCAACCAGAGAGUCAAUUUAGAUAACCACAUCCGCGUACAUACCGGCGAAAAACCAUUCACUUGCGAAUUCUGUUCGAAAAGUUUCAGUCAGCAAGGCAACCUGAAAACGCAUAUGCAGAAGCAUUUAUAUAUCGAGUACUUCAUUUGCCCGCAUUGCAAGGAUAAUUUCCGCUCUAAAUCUGAGCUCAACGAGCACAUUAAAACUCACAAAGAUACCCUCAUACUGGAAUGUCCGUUCUGCCAAUCGGUUUUCAAUACCGAAGACGAAGUCAACGAACACAUGCAAAUACACUCCGGUGAUCAUUUGUUUUUGUGCUUAAUUUGCAAAGACAAUUUUGGUUCGCAAGAAGAGUUGAAUGAUCACGUCAAAAUGCAUACUCAAAAUUACGAAUGUAUAUAUUGUAAACAAAUGUUCGAACAAGAAGACGACCUCAUCGAUCAUUUUGACCGACUGCACCGUCACGGAGACUUAUACGAAUGUACCGACUGUAAGCAGUAUUUCGAAACUGCUGCCGAACUGAAUUAUCACAGCGAUACCCACAAAGGUGAAAACCCCUUCAAAUGUACAAUCUGUGGUGAGCGAUUUUACACCGAGGGUUUGCUCGCAAAACACGUUAAACUUCACGAAGGCCACAAAUCGUUCGUUUGCUCGUAUUGUAAUCGCAGUUUCAGCCAGAAAGGUAAUUUGAACACUCACAUCAGACGGCAUACCGGUGAAAGACCAUUCAAGUGUACCGGUUGUAACAAGAUGUUCAGCGAUUACUCUACGUACACGAGACACGUACGAGUGCACACCAAAGAGAAACCGUACACUUGCGAAUACUGCUUGAGACCGUUUUCGCAAUUGUCCAAUUUAAAAUGUCAUAUUCAAAGACGUCACGAUCACGUCGAGAGUAAAUUCGAAUGCGAAUACUGCGUGAAACAAUUUGAAAACAAAGAAGACCUAUUAGCACAUUUGAAAACUCACACCGGCGAUAAACCUUACGUUUGUCAAGUCUGCUUGAAGAGCUUCAGUCAAUGGGCGAACUUGAAAUGUCACAUUUUGAGCGGUCAUCACGCCAAACAAGGAUUAUUGAUAUGCGAAUACUGCGAAGCUUACUACGACUCGCAAGAAAGUCUCGAAGAGCAUCUGAAAACCCACUCCGGUAAAAAUCCCUACAUUUGUAACGUCUGCCAGAAAACCUACAGUUCAUCGGCCAAUCUCAAGAAACACGUCAAGAUACACACCAGCGUGAAAAACUUCCCUUGUGACAUCUGUAACAAAGCUUUCUAUACGCAUUCUCUACUCAAGAACCAUCUUAUGACCCACCAAGGCGAGAAACCAUUCAGUUGCCAGUACUGCGAUAAGAGCUUUAUUAAUAAAUAUCGUCUGAAAAGCCACACAUACAUUCACACUGGCGAAAAACCCUACGAAUGCGAGUACUGUCAACGCCACUUCCGAAACCAAUCCGUUCUCAGACGUCAUAUUAGAGUGCACACCGGCGAACAUCCAUAUUCUUGUCCGUACUGUAAAAAAACAUUCAAAACGCACUCGGAAAACAAACUUCACAUAAGAAUUCAUACCGGAGAAAAGCCCUACACUUGCACGUUCUGUAAUAAAACCUUCCGCACGCAUUCGGCCAUUAAAAUACAUCAAAAGACUCACUCCGUUGAUAACAGAUUCUUAGGUUUUUUGAAAUGCAGCUGGUGUAGUUCCAAGUUCCGUAAUAUGGAAGAUUUACGCAUGCACGUUAAUAAGCUACACGAUGAGAAUUGGGAACCUGAGAAUAUGGCUUUGAAUGCGAUCGAUGAGGAAGUUAUGGAAGUGACAGUUCAGAACGAAGAAGACUUUGAUGAGGACGAGGAUGGUGAAGAAGAAGAAGAAGAGGAAGAUGAAGAAGUGGAAGAAUUCGAACUUGUCGGACUAGAUGACGUUAUUAAAACCGAACCUUUGGAUAACGAUAUGAUAGAAGAAAUUGACUUUUUUGUGUGAAUUACGAGCAAUUUCCACAUUCGAAAACUGUCUCUUUACUAAUGAAUCGUUGUAAACGAUUUAUGCCAAAAAUAUUAGGAGUCUGGUAACUCUGAUAGAAAAUUGCGUUUAUAUUUUAAUUGGUAUAUUUGUACCAAAAUUACGGAUGUUUUGUUCGCUUUGAAAAGCGUAUUUAGAUUAUCGGGUUAGGUUAUUGAUGUGAUAAAGCAUAAUCUGUUUUAUGUUGUAUGUAUUGUAAUUGUUUUAUUGUUUCUUCCGGGUCUUUUUAUCUGUGUGGUGUGUAAUACUUGUCCCUUGUGACGUAUUGAAUUUAUUCACUUGUAUUUCUAAUAAUUUUACUGAUUUUAGAUCAUAAUUCGACCACUUUCAAAGGUUUCCGAGUGGAAAAUAAUGUUGAACAUUAUUCUUUUAUAAUCGUGUAUUUUUCGACGAAUUUGUUUUUGUAAAUUUCGAACAUAACAUAUGCCAUAUUUUUAAAUAUAAAAUCAGUUGGUUCCUUGA